GGGCGUUUUUGAGACCACGCGCAUGCGCUCUGUAAAAAGUUCGAUACUUUGCCAUUUUUCUGCGAUCCUCAUCCGCCAUAACGUGGAAAUUGGUUAGACAAAGAAUCACCAAAAUGAGUUCGAAAGUGGACAAAAUAAAGUCUGACAACCAUUCUAGCAGCAGCCCGGCCAAGAAACCAUUAUCAAAUAGUCAUAACACUUCCAGUUCGAAGCAUAAAGACCCUAAUGCCAAGCCCAGUUCCAAGUCAAAAGAAGGGGCUGUCAAGGUCAUAUUGCUCAGUGAUGGCACCAAGAUUAAAACAAUGCCAGACGGGAGCAAGAUCAAGGUUAUGCCUGAUGGCCGCAAGUUUAAGAUGAAGCCUCCGACCUCAUCCUCAGCCCCAAAGCAGAAUAAUAGUUCACAUUCCAGCCGGCCGAAUUCUGGAUCCCCACCACCCAAACCGACAUCAAAUUCAUCCAGACCAGAUAAACCACCGCAGAAGCCAUCGCACAAUGAUAGCAUUAGCAAGUCAAAAGAAGACGGAAGGCCUAAAGAGGCACCCAAGCCGAGUAGCUCCAGUAUGCGCCCAAAAGAGAAAUUGGCCUCAUCCAAAGACAUCAACUCAAAGCAUAAAGAUCUUUCUUCUUCAAAGCACAAUUCCAAACAUUCUUCUUCACCCAAGCCGAAGGUCGAGAUCAAGAGGGAGAAGCCUGAGAUAAAAGAAGAAGUUGCCAGUCCACCUAGAAUUAAAGAAGAAAUUAAGAGUCCUGAGAAAUACAUCAAGAAGGAAACAAGCCCUGUGAAGUCUGUGAAAAAAGAAUCUUUGAGUGAAGAAGAUGGGGAUGAAGAUGAAGAUGUACCUUUGAACCAGCGAUUUGAUGAUAGCAUCAAAUCAGAACGCUCAGAGUCUAGGAGAUCAAGUAAGAGGCCACAUUAUGCUGAAGAUGAUGAGGAUGAAGAUGAGGAGGACGAUGAUGUCCCCCUGUCAGAAAGGAAAGGGUCUGCAAAGAAGGUAAAGCAUGAAGAGCCUGUCAAGAAAAGUUCCAGCAAGAAAAGGAAGUAUGAAGAGAGUGAGGAGGAGUAUAGUGCAGGGGAAGAUGAUGAGGAUGAUUACAAACCUUUGGCCAAGCAAAAGAAACAAGAAAAAUCCAAAUCUAAGACAAAAACGAAAGACACCAAGCCAGCCAAAAAGGAUAAGAAAGAUAAGAAGGGAAAAGGAGCUAAAGAAGAAGUGAAGGAGAAGAAAGGAGGAAGGAAAAAGAAAGAGGAAGAGCAACAAGAGGUUUGGGAAUGGUGGAAGGAGACCCCACAUCCAGAAGGAGUCAAAUGGAUGUUCCUGGAGCACAAAGGACCUCUGUUUGCUCCACCCUAUGAACCUCUGCCUAGCUCUGUCAAAUUCUUCUAUGAUGGAAAGGAGAUGAAGCUUAGUGAAGAGGCAGAGGAAGUGGCUGGAUUCUAUGCCCGUAUGAUUGAACAUGAUUACACCACCAAAGAUGUCUUCAAUAAAAACUUCUUUAAGGACUGGAAAAAGGUGAUGAAUGCGGAAGAGGUGGCUAUUAUCAAGGAUCUGAAAAAGUGCAACUUCAAACAAAUACAUGCCUAUUAUCAGAGGAAAUCAGAAGAAAGGAAAGCUAUGAGCAAAGAAGAGAAACAAGAAAUCAAGAAAAAGAAUGAAGAGAUCCAAAAGGAGUAUGGCUUCUGCUCUUUCGAUGGUCACAAAGAGAAGAUCGGCAACUUCAGGGUGGAGCCUCCCAGUUUGUUCCGAGGUCGUGGUGAACACCCGAAGCAGGGCAAGCUGAAGAAGAGAAUAGUGCCAGAAGAUGUCAUCAUCAACUGUAGCAAGGAUUCUCAAUGGCCAGUUCCCCCAGAGGGUCAUAAAUGGAAGAAGGUUAUGCAUGAUAACUCUGUGACUUGGUUAGCUUCAUGGACUGAAAACAUUCAAGGUGCUAUCAAGUAUGUUAUGUUGAACCCCAGCUCUAGAAUAAAGGGAGAGAAGGAUUGGGCAAAGUAUGAAGUAGCUAGGAAGCUGAAGGAAUCUGUAGACAGGAUUAGAAAUGAGUACCGUGAAGACUGGAAGAGUAAAGAAAUGAGAGUCAGACAACGUGCUGUUGCCUUAUAUUUCAUAGACAAGCUUGCAUUGAGAGCUGGUAAUGAGAAGGAAGAAGGUGAGACAGCAGAUACUGUUGGUUGUUGCUCCCUAAGGGUAGAGCACAUUGAACUCUUUGAGGAGCUCGACGGCCAGGAGUUUGUGGUUAAGUUUGAUUUUUUGGGUAAAGAUUCCAUCAGAUACGAGAACUCUGUACCCGUGGAGAAGAGGGUCUUCAAGAAUUUGAAGCUGUUCAUGGAGAACAAGAAGGGAGAGGACAACCUAUUUGAUCGACUCAACACUGGUAUCCUCAACAAGUACCUUCAGGAGCUGAUGGAGGGCCUUACUGCCAAGGUUUUCAGGACUUUCAAUGCUUCCUUCACCCUGCAGAAUCAACUUCAUGAGCUUACGGAUGCUGAUGACACAGUCACUGCUAAAAUGCUGUCUUACAAUCGAGCCAACCGUGCCGUGGCAGUGCUGUGUAACCAUCAGCGCGCUGCACCCAAAACCUUUGACAAGCAGAUGGAGAACCUCCAGGAAAAGAUCACCAAAAAGCAACAGGACAUCAAGGAAGCUCGCAAGGGGCUGAAAGCCAUCAAGAGCGAGUAUAAGAAUAGCCGUAAUGAGAAAUUGAAAUUAGCCUUGGAGAAAAAACAGAAGCAAGUUGAACGUCUAGAGGAUCAGCUUGCUAAACUGGAGAUGAAAGCUACAGACAAGGAGGAGAACAAGGAGAUUGCCUUGGGAACCUCCAAACUCAACUACUUAGAUCCAAGGAUAUCAGUGGCAUGGACCAAGAAAUGGGAUGUGCCUAUUGAGAAAGUGUACAACAGAACUCAACGAGACAAAUUCCGAUGGGCCAUCGAUAUGGCUGGAGCAGACUUUGUAUUUUAAUCCUAGUUUUUAACUUUUAUUUCUCUUUGUAUAUUUAAUAUUAAGGAUCUUGUACUGACAGUAUUCACAAAGCUUCAACUGCCACCACAUAGUUGAAGUGUGAGUGUUGUAUUGUUUUGCUCUGUUCAAAAUCUUAUCCUGGACUGCUUUGCUCAUUAGCUGCUUCAGUAAGUAUAUGUAUAUGGUCAUGAAAUAAUAUAUUAGCAAUUAAUUUGUAUCAUUUCACAUGCACAUGACACUCUAUCAAAUCCUACAGAAAAUAACCUGUGAUAUUAAGGUAAAUGUUUCACAUUGGACUUGUCAAGUAAGGGCUUUCGAAGGUAUGUUUUAUUGUCACAUGUUCAGUUUGUGGUUAGGCAAGUGAUUCGCAAUUAUUAAGCAAUGCUUGGUGAAUACUGUCAGUACCACAUUGUGUAAGUUGAUCAUGAUGUUUUUUAGCAGAGUCAUUUUCGAGGGAUUUUUUUUUGUGUGUGGUUUAUUUCACUGUGAUGAUAUGAUGUCAAUGUGACAAUUAGCAAAUAAUGUUGACCUGAUUGGAGCUAUAGUAUAACUCUUUCUUCGGUCUAAUGAUUUUAAUGACAGCACGUUCGGCAAGUAUCCUAUGUCAGUAUUUUUGUGGUGAGAGAUGAAGGGAAUAUUAUGCACUCUGGAGCCCUUUGCAGAAAGAUUUUGCAAUGGAACGCAACCAAGAAAAUCAAAUGCAACUUAUCUUUUAACCAAUGAAAUGUGUGAAUUAAGGAGGAGUGUUUGAUUUUUUUUUUAGUUUUGAUUACACACGACUCCUUCUGCAAUGGGCUUCUAGUAUGGACAGCUGGCAGUGUAAUAAUCUAGUAGAUGACUAGUCCAGAGUCCAUGUCUUAAACACAGGAACAUGAUGAUAAAUCAUAUGCUUAAGCAUAUGCCCUCAUUAGGAGCACCACAGGUUAGGAUGUGAUAUUGACAAAUCAAGAUGUUGUUGGCUUUCCAUAAUUAAGACAUGGGUUUGAAUCUGUCACAUUCUAUAACAGCAAGAUGGGGCCUUGCCUAUGGAUCGAUUUUUCAACUGUGAAUGCCUGCAACCAUCAUUGAUCCUGUGUGAAAUUUGACAGGUGAAAAACUCAUAGUGGGUGUUGCAAGAAAAUAUUUGCAAUCAAUCGCAAAUAUUCUUUUGCAAUUGAUUGAUCACUUUUAGCUACAGCAAAUCAGAUUACACUCCUUGUUUCUUGGAGCAGAUUAGCAAUCAAUCGCAAAUUUAUAAUUAAUUGCACGGCAUAUGCUAGAUUUCGGGCACGAAAAUAGACUUGCAAUUGAUCGCAAGUUUCUUGCAACACCCCGUUUGUGGAUGUUGCAUGAAAAUAUUUACAAUCAGUUGCAAUUUUUUUGUUGAAAUUGUACAAUCAAUAGUUCAACUUGAGCUGUAGCAAAUCAGUUCACACUCCUUGGUCCAAGAGGAAGCUCAGCAAUCGAUUGCAAAUUUUCAAUUGAUUCCAAAACAUUGAUUUGGGGAUCCUAAAUAGAUAUUAUUUGAUCAUGAGUUUCUUGCAAUGCCCCAUUAGGUUAUCAGCUCUCAGGCUCUGUAUGAAAGACAGUGAAUAUUGGUAGGCCCACAGCUUUAGAGAGGGCAUGUAAGAACACCUCCAGAUAUCAAGUCUGAACAUCUGGUAGUGCUCUUGGUGUGUGUUCCAAGUAGCUGUAGGGCUUCUAAUCCUAAUAAUUAACCUGCUUACAAAUUUCUUUUUUUUAAAUAGGCUUGAGACUGACACAUCAAGGCUCUUGUAAUAGGGUUGAUUCAAUAUUAGCCAUGCAUUAAGUAGAGAUUUUACAUAUGACUUAAAAGUCCUUUCUGCAUGUGUCACUAUCAGGGAGAUAGUCAUCUUAGAAAAUAAUUAUACACCGUAGAUCUAUUCAAUCAUGCUCCUGAAAUAGAGUUACCAAAUUGACUGGAAUAUUGGACCAUGAACUCCCAUUUCAUUGAACAUUUAUGCGGAAUCUGAUUUACUAUUUAUUUGUGUGUGAGGAGAAAAGGGUAGCAUUCCACCGUAGUACUGAGAUAGAGAUGUGCAGAGAAAUAAAUUCUGCUCAUUGUGUUUGAUCAGGGAAGAGUGUUAGGUGAAAGUUCUUUUGGUGGACAUCUCUGUUCAUUUUCGUUGAUAAAACACAGUAUUGAUAUGGCCAGUAGGAACUGCAUGAAGAGUAACCAAGCUUUUCACAUCCAACCAACUCAAAAUUACAACAAACUCAAUGUAUUUUUAAUUUGGAAAGCUUUGCAUAUUUAACUCUCUUCAGCCUUUUAAAGUUAAAUGUGAAAACCAAGAUAUAAAUAUUGAUUUAAGUAGACCAGUUUACUAUGAAUUUAAAACUUAUUUCUUUGACUAAAACUGGAGGCUUAGCAUAAGACCUGGUAGAGAAUUCUUUACUGCAAUUCAUGCACAAGUCAUGCCUCUUCAAAAAGUCUUUCAAAUUUACUGAAGUUAAUGAAUUCCCGCACCAUUUUGUAGAUUUUUGCCCCCCCCCCCAUGGUGAAUGUAUGACUGGUUGUAAUGGAAAUAUUUAUCCCCAAAAGUGCAAAACAACAUAAGAUAAUGCAGAAAUGGUAAUAUUAAUAUUUGCCCACACAGAUGGGCUAUUUCCUCAAAAUACUACAUUGCUGUAUUUUGUAUGUAGUAAAGUAAAUUGUGUAGCUGUCUGAUAUGACAGUGAUAUUGUAAUAUUGUGCCAUUUGAAUUUAAAUGAAUAGAUGAUAAUCAUUGGGUCCUCGAUAUGUCACCUCUCAAUAUUUCACAAAGAAACUUAUUUUAUUGUUUCCUGACAAGAAACCUACCUUAAACUAUUCACAAGAAUCUAAAGAUUGAUAAGAAGCCUUAAUAUUGUGAAUCCCACCUAUUGCACCUUUAACAUAUAUGUUGGCCAUAGCUGAAUAAACAUUGACAAUCAUUCAUCAGGAUGAUAUAUUUAUAUCUUAGUAGUAUGAUUUUACAGCUUGUAAUAUCAUGUACGCAAUAUCAUGCAGCCUUAGAAAGGAACAAGUCAACUCUGGUAUGAAGGAAUCGGUGAAAAAAUUGAGAUUAUAUUAUGUAAACUGUAGCAUCAUUGAAACUGAAUUGUCGUGCCGGAGAAGAGUAUUCAUUGAAAAAUAUCCUGCCUUAUCAAAAGAGAUUUUUAUGAUUUCAUAUUUUCAUGAUUUUGUAAUAUUUAUUUAUGUGUUUACAAUCAGUGUGGCUUUACAAAAAGUUCAUGUUAGAGAAGGAAUAGUGAAUCAUUAUGAUUAGUUAUGACUUCAUUUUAUUUAGUGAUAUUACUUUUGUGCUUUAUGUUGCUGAAGAAUAUUUUUAUGUUGCCUAGUCUUAACCUUUUUUAAAGCAUAAUUCUUUUAUUUUAUGAAAAAUUAAUUCAUUAAUGGUUUAAUUCAUGCUCAUGAUUUUUUCAAAGCUUUUUUGUUUGAAUAUAUAUUAUUUUCAAUUAAUUUGGAUUUGUAUUGCUCUACGUAGUAGUAAGCCAUGGGCAUUUUUAUCUCUUGUUUGUGUUUUAGUGUGUCAGCCUCCAUCAGGUUGUAAGUGUACGAGUAUAAGACCAAAAGUUUCAGGGAAUCCUCCUUGGUGCGUAAAUUGGAUGAUUUCAAAUUCGGUGUUGGUGUUAAAAGCACAAUUCAGAUUUCCAUCUCUAGCUUUGACCGACACCUGCUGUGAGUUUAUUAUAUCCAAAUUAUGUUAUUAAUAGAUUCUGAGGUUAAUCCCAUGAACUACUUGAUUUCAAUUUUGUCUCUAUGGGGGGGGGGCUUGGGUGGAGCAAAAAUGCAGUUUGACCCUUUUUGGUCAGGAUUUACAAAUAGACAACAACACCAAAGGUUACCACCGAAUUUGACAUCACCCAUUCUGUCUCCAGUCUGAUUUUACCCAUAUCGAUAAGAAAAGAAUAACGAAAGGCAAACAAAAGAAAAUCGCCAUGAUGUAUCAAAAGAAAUUUAACAAGUGUGAAGUAAACUGAAAUGUAGGGCGAUCUUGAAAUGAGUAUGAGAAAUGUGGCAGCCAAUUUGAUGUAAUUCUCUCAUGUUUUUAUCCCUAGAGUGUAAGAAUAACAUGCUGACUGCCAUUCAAUAAUAUUGUUAAGAAUGAUAUUUUUAUACAGAAAAGUGGUCAUUUGAUUGUAGUGAGACAGCAUGAAGAUUCUGUCUUGCUUCAAUGCCCUUUGUGCUUGGAACAUGCACAUGAGGCAUGUAGAAUCAGUAUUUUGAUGUUGUAGUUCAUAUUAGUAUGCACUCUUUAUAGUAGUAUUGAAUGUGUAGGUCUCAACCAUAGUGCUUUGUGAAUUGUAUGUUGAAUGUCAGAAGCUUUAAUUCAUCACCACAUGAUCCAUUAUCAAAAGGAUGAAAUAUAAAACCCCCCAUACAUGACUGAAUGCAUUGUAUUUGACAUCAGGGUUGUGAGUGAGUGAGAUUUCAUUUUAUAUGGUCAGUUACUGUAAAGUUUCUUAUAUUAUUACUGAAUUUGUACUUAUUACCUCACUGCAAAAUGUAGGGUAAUGUUACAAGAGACUGUGUAUUGUGUACUGUAUUAUUUAAAGAUGAAUUUUCAUUCUAGUCACAAAUGAAACAUAUUUUAACUCCAGAUUUUGGUUUGCUUUUUAAUAGUAAAAAAUGUUGUAAUUGGCCGUCUUUCUUUUGUAAAAAUCCUUAAGAUUCCCCCUUUCAGUCUUAUAUACCCAAGUGAUUUAUGGCCUUACAAAUAUUUAUCAAAGCUAAGCCUAACACAAGUGCAGAUUUGAAAUUGCUGGUAGAAAGGGUAGAAUAGAUACACUUCCCUCUUCAGUAUCUCUCUUUCUUUAUUUUUAUCAUACACCUUUGAACAUACAUUGAUACUUAUUUACAAAAUACCUGCAGCAUCAAAUACUUCUGAUAGAUUAUAGGUAUAUUUUAAUGCACUUUUGCAGUGAGGUGACGACUGUUUGUUUAGUUUUAUAUCAAAUGUGGCAGAGAUGUGAUGUAGCCCCUUGCCAAAACAUUGUAAAAUAAAGAGAACUAAUAUACUUCAUGUAACGUAUGUAUUGACAUUCGCAUGUGUCUUCAAUUUUUCUAAGAAAAACAAUGUGGAGAUUAUGUCUUUGUUUCAAUAAUAUCAUUACCCCUUAUGGUAGUAAUAAUGUAGUCGUUCAACGCCUUUUUGGAUUUUUUUUCCCAUUGAAUUUUCUUAUCAAUUUGAGUAAUAAAAUCUUGUGGAAUAUCUGUAUUGAUAAUGGAAUGUGAUUGAUCAGAAGAGGUUUUGGAUGUACUUUGUGAUGGAUAUUUUAUGCAAUGUUGAUUCUAUUUUUAUGUACAUUAACUAUGUGUCCACUUCUUCAGAGGGAUUGUCAUUGUUUUAUUUUUCUCCCUUUGGAUUGAUUAUUAUGAUAAAGAC